AUGACAUCAGAGCGGUAUAUCCCUGAAACUCAAGGGACCCCUGUAACCUUUCCUGGACGCGAGCGAAUUCAUCAGACAACACCACUGUGGUCCUCACCAGACGCAGAGGUGGGACCAGCGUUGAUGGAAUCACCCAAAAUUUGUCUCAAUAUGUUACAGGUGGUUACACCCUGGUAUAUUUUGGUAGGCGGAAAUGUGGGCAACGACGGAACUCAGAAUACCCUGCCCAACUAUUUUGGGUUGCUUGUGACAACGGAGCACCCUCCUCCAUCGAUAAAUAGGGCUGUCUCUGUGGGUCCACCCAUGAAGACUGACAACCCUCAGCAACAGCUCCAGGCUAUCGGCGCCAACAGCCCUAAGCACCUCGAAAUCAACCUUGAAGCAUCAACGCUUAAUCUGUCUGACUGUUUUUACACUCUUCGAGUGCGAACCUGUGGCGAUCCAGAGUCUGUUGUUGGAGGGUAUGCAGUUGUCGGCAUCGUCCUAAAACAACUGUGCUUGAGUGAAUACCCGCUGAAGACCUACUCUGCGUUGUUCGUUUGUAAAACCGGCCGUAGUCCUAAUAUUAUCAAAGACAAGUUUCGUAACACCAUGAGUGCCCUGCAAGGAGUGGAUAGGCUUAGUGCCUCUGAGAGUCAACUGGGUGAUCGACAUGGAUUGGAUUCGUUAUUUGAGGACAGCCGCUUUAACUGUAUGAUCAACACAGACUGUCUACAUACAGCAUUAAAAUCCAAAAUGAGCAUAUCUUCUCGCCACGUGAUAUCUUUCAACAGCACGCGAACCACAUACCCCAAUUAA